AUGGGUGACCCACAACUAACUUCUAUAUGGGUUCCUCAUGAAACGGAAACUUUCGUUAAGGCUGAAUUUACCAGUAAAAUAUCAAAAAGAAACCCUAGUAAGAAUGUAGAAGAAGAAUUCGCUAACGUUAAGUUAAUAGAUACCAAUGAAAAUAAACAAUUCCCAAUACGUGACGUUCAUCCAGUUAAUCCACCAAGUUUUGAUAAAAUCGAUGACAUGUCCGAAUUAACACAUCUCAAUGAACCUUCUGUUCUUUAUAAUUUGGAGAAUAGAUAUAAAGAUGAUCUUAUCUAUACCUAUUCUGGUCUUUUUCUGGUAGCAAUCAAUCCUUACUCGAAUAUCAAGACCUACAGUCAAGAAUAUAUCGAUCUUUAUAAUGGCUCUUCGAAGGAUGAAAAUAAACCUCAUAUCUUUGCCGUAGCUGAAGAAGCUUAUCAAAAUCUAUUAACCGAAAAGCUAAACCAAUCAAUAUUGGUCACAGGUGAAUCUGGUGCUGGUAAAACGGAAAAUACUAAAAAAAUCUUACAAUAUUUAGCUGCAAUUACUUCAUCUAAAAAUAAAAGCACAAAUGUAUUACAAACGCCAACUUUAGAAAAGGUUGAAGGAUUUGAAAUGAAAAUUUUACAAAGUAAUCCAAUCUUAGAAUCAUUUGGUAAUUCACAAACUGUACGUAAUAAUAAUUCAUCAAGAUUUGGUAAAUUUAUUAAAAUUGAAUUCGAUGAAAGGGGCAAAAUAAAUGGUGCUCAUAUAGAGUGGUACCUACUGGAAAAAUCGAGAGUUGUCAACCAACAUAAAGAGGAGAGGAAUUAUCAUAUAUUCUAUGAAUUCCUCAAUGGUCUCUCCGAAAAUGAACUUCACAGUAAAUAUAAACUUCCAUCAAACUCAAUCUCGGAUUACAAAUAUCUUUCUGCAUCAAACCAUAUUAUUCCUGGAGUUAAUGACAAGGCAAAUUUUGAUGAACUACUAAAAGCUUUUUCAACUGUCGGCUUCUCUCAAGGAGAAGUUGAAGAUAUUUUGAAAAUUAUCUCCAUAACAUUGCACAUAGGCAAUGUUGAAUUUGUUUCAGAAAAGACUGAACAAGCCGCUUUCAAAAAUGAUACAACCGAUUUGACAGAAUUAUUGGGAAUUGAAAACUCUGAAUUUAACACAGCAAUUUUAAAGCCAAAGUCAAAAGCUGGGAAGGAAUGGGUUUCACAAUCGAAAAACGCAACACAAGCUCGCUUCAUUUUAAAUUCACUCUCUAGGACACUUUAUGAACUUCUUUUUUCGCACAUUGUUGAGCGAAUAAACAAGUCACUUGACCAUGGUUCAAUGACAGCCAAUUACAUUGGUCUAUUAGAUAUUGCAGGCUUUGAAAUUUUCAAACAUAACUCUUUUGAACAAUUGUGUAUAAACUACACCAAUGAAAAAUUACAGCAAUUUUUCAAUCACCAUAUGUUUGUUCUCGAGCAAACUGAAUACGUCAAGGAAAAUAUCCAGUGGGAUUACAUCGACUAUGGAAAAGAUUUGCAAUCAACAAUUGAUCUUAUUGAACAGAAACUAUCACCCUCAGGUAUCUUACCAUUAUUAGAUGAGGAGUCUAUUUUACCAAAGUCUACAGAUAACUCCUUCUUCGAAAAAUUGAUAAAUAGUUGGGAAAAGAAAUCUGAUAGGUUCAAACGUUCAAAAUUGGAGCAUUGCUUUGUUUUAAAACAUUAUGCUGGCGAUGUCGAAUAUGACGUAGAAGGAUGGUUGUCUAAAAAUAAGGAUCCCUUAAAUGAAAACCUCUCAAAUGUGUUGUCAAAUUCUAAAAACAAUUUAAUUGCUAAAUUUUUCAAUAAAGACACUACGGACAAUAAAGAUGAUACACCUUCUUCCCACAAGAAUCGUUCACAUGGAAAAUCCCUGAGGACUGCAUCUUCCCGUCAUAGAGAGCAGCAAAUAUAUUUACUUAAUCAACUUAACACUACACACCCUCACUUCGUUCGUUGCAUUAUUCCCAACAACUUGAAGAUGGCCAGAAACUUUGAUCGAAGAUUAAUCUUGGAUCAAUUACGUUGUAACGGUGUCUUGGAAGGAAUAAGAAUUGCUAGAGAAGGUUAUCCUAAUAGAAUUUUUUUCAAGGAGUUUUAUCAAAGAUAUAAUAUUCUCACAUCUGCCGAAGAUGGAAUCACAUUCAAUAAAAGAGACUUCAAAAGGAAUUCACAACUGAUAUUAUCAUCACUAUCUCUAGACCCUAGCCUCUUCAAGGUUGGUAAUACGAAGCUUUUUUUCAAAGCUGGUGUCUUGGCAACGUUGGAGAAUAAGAAAGAGAAUAGAAUUAUGCAGAUAACCUCAUCAUUCAAUUCUGCCAUCAGAGGUUCGAUAGUGAGACGUCAUACUACAAUUCAACAAAGGAAACUAAAAUCUGCCCGUAUAAUUGGGACUACAUUCAGGAAGUACAAUGAAUUAAUGAAUGAUCCUUGGUUCAAUUUAUUCACAAAAGUAAAACCAUUACUUUCUUCUGCACAAGAUAUUUCCAGAGCCAAGAAAUUUAAUGAACAAAUUAAGGAACUGAAAAUUGCCAUUGAAAAGAAAGAACAAGAGAAAAUUAGCAUCUUAGAUUUACAUAAAGAUGUUUCUAAUGAAUUGAGGGAGGUACGACAGUUGCUACAACAAGAAUCGGAGAACUUAGAGGAGAAAGAGAAAUUAUUAGCUGACAAUGAAACGAAAAGAAUUAUCCUAGAGAAAGAAUUAGAGAAAGAAUUAGAGCUAAAGGAGCUGCAUGAAACGAAGCAGAAAAAAUCAGUCCAAGAAUAUGAGUCCCUUCAAGAGCAAAUUAUUUCAACGAAAAACCUGUUAUCGGAAAAGGAAGACUGUAUUAGUAACCUAACGUCCAAAAACAAAGUGCUACUUGAUGAUAUUGCCAAAUUGAAGUCUCUCAGCUCCUCAAAGACAUCCGAGUAUGAGAACCUAAUAUCUGAAAAUGAGAAGCUGGUGAAAAAACUGGAAGAAUUAGAGCGUAUUGAACAAGAGAAGCAAUCAGAGAUUGAUACUUUACAGAAAAAGUUGAACAGCUCCAAACAAAAUCUCGACAUCAAGCUUGUCACUCUGGAAAAAAAUUGUAAUGCUGCUAUGUCAAGAUUACAAGGUUUAGUUAAUGAAAAUAUUAGUUUACGUUCAGACAUAGACAGUCUCAAAAAGGAGAAACAGAAAAUUGAUCUGCUUUUAUCAAAAAAAGUCACUGAGGUUGAAAGGUUGAGUAACAAAAUUGAAAAUAAUUACAAAGAGAUGGAAGCAGUUUCCAAGCAACGCGAUACCGUUGUCUCAGAGCAUGAUAAACUAGGAAAGGAGCUAAAAGAGGCCAAUCAAAAAUAUCUAGACAUGAAACAAAAAUAUGAAGAGUUGGAGGGGAGCUUUACUGCCUUACAAAAACGUUUUUCUAAUGAUGAGAAACAAAAUGAACAGUCAAAGGGGGCAAGCUCAAAAAUUGAAACUUUAGAAAACCGUCUUAACCAGGAAAUAUCCUUGAACACUUACCUGACUAGCAGGCUCUCUUCAACUAGAAAUAAUGAGAAUAUUGAUGAUAGCAUCUUGCUUGGCGGAUCUGACAUGAAGGAAGAGAAUCUCAUUGAAAAGUAUAUGGAAAUGAAAAUUAAGCUGAAAGAAACAAGUAGAUUGCUUGAAGAAGAAAUAAAUGAAAGGAAGAAUUUAAUCUCAAGAUUAAGUUUUACUGAGACGAGACUAGCGUCUUCUUCAUUUGAUUUCCAACAAGCGAGAGCACAAGUGAAAAAACUUAAAGAAAUUAUUGAAAAAUCGGGAAUAGAAGUUGAUAUAGAUUUUGAUUUAAGCAAAAUCUCAACAAAAGAUGAUGUGAACAUCGAAAAACUAAUUCUUGAAGUACAAUACUUGAAGAGACAGCUAGAUGUUGAAACUAAAGCACAUUAUGAUGCUGAAAAUGUUGCUGCUGCCCUACACGAAAAAUUCACAAAAAUUCAAAGAGUAGACUCAUCUUCUGACAUCUAUAAAUUGAAGUUUGAGGCCAGCGAGCAAAAAGUGAAAUCCCUAGAAAAUAAAAUCAAGCAUAUGCCUCUGAAAGAUAGAACCAAUCUACAGUCGAGUGGAGAAAUCUUCAGAAACAGAAAGGAAUAUUCCAAAAUUGAUGAAGAAUUAAAAGCUUAUAAAUUUGAAAACUAUAAAUUACAGGAGCAUGUUGAUGAAUCAUAUAACCUCAUUAAUAAAUUAAAUUUUGAGAUGAAACAGGCAUCUUCCAAGGAAGCCUUACUGAAUGAACAGAUACAGAUGUUAGCAAAAGACUUGGAGGGAACAGAAAGGCAGAAAGAACUGUUUGCUAACACUGUAAAACAACAGAAAGCACAGUAUGAAAGCUGCCUCAAUGAUUUGCAUGAAAAUGAAAAGCAGCUAAAAGAUUACAUCAAUGCGUUGAUGCAAGCUGAAGAAGAUAUUAAGAGUAUGACUGAGAUUAUUGAAAAAUUGAAAGCCCAAAAUAAGCAGAAAGACAAAGCAAUCUGGGAGAAAGAAACAGCAAAAAACGAUCUGGAAAUGAAACUUCAAGAGUGUGAAUUGGAGCUGAAAAGGAUACAAGGGAUUAACAAAAUGCUAACGUCGGAUUUAUCUCAUUUUAAGGAGAGGGUAGCAGAAGCAACAGAUACCUCACAAUAUGAAAAUGAAAUAAAAGAACUAAAGGAUCAAUUAGAUAUGGGUUUUAAGACCGAGAGUUCAUUGAGAAAGGAAAUUUCUACGUUGAACUACAAAUUGGAAACGUUGAAUAAUGAUUAUGAAGCCAAAAUAUCGGAUCUUCUAAAGCAAAAUGAACACUAUGCGAGAGUCACAGAGACUUUGAAUAAUGAAAAGGAUGAAACUAUUGCCUCUAAAGUUGAAUUGAGUAAAGAAUACCAGGCACUAUUGUUGAGGUCUAAUGAUCUGUCAUCAAACGUGGAAUUGCUAAUAAACGAAAAUGGUCGACUUAAGUCAGAGCUUGAAAGUUCAAGGGACGCAAUAACGAAGUCGAGUGCAGAAUUCGGUGAACUUUCUCAGGAAAAAGAGGACAUUUUAAAUAAGAUGAAAUAUUUAGAAGAAACCCUGGAACUGCAGAAAGAACAAAGCGAAAGAAAUGAAGAGCUGGUUCAAAACCUUCAAAAAGACAUCAAUUAUUUCAGAGAGAAGUAUGAUAAUGAAAAACAAAAGAAUAUCAAUCUCUUCGAGGAAAAUCAGACUUUGGUCAGGCAAAGUGAACAGCUUGGUUCUAAACUCCAAAGUUUGAAUGAGAAGUUAUCUGAUACACGUGAGAAGGAUGCUUGGUUGUCGAAGAUUAGCGAAUUAGAGGAAAUGCUAUCUUCUGAAACAGAUGAGAAGUAUAACCUACUAAAAGGCCUAAAGAGCCAAGAACGUGCUAUUCAAGAAUUGGAAGAAAAAAAUAUGAAACAAGCAGAUGUCAUUAACCUUGCUAAUGAAGAUAGAAAGCAAUUUGAAAUUAGUGUAGUGCAGUAUAACGAACAACUUGGACAACUAGAGAAUCUUGUGUCACAACAAGAACUACAAAUGAAAAAGGCUACUAGGGAAAACACUUUAUAUCAAGAUAAAAUACAAGAACUAGAGAGAGAAAUUGCAUUUUGGAGAGAGAGAUAUGAUAAAAACAAUGCAAAUAAUGAACAACAGCAAAAUUCGGCGUUUCAAACGGAGGAAAUUAUGAGCUAA